UUUAGAACGACGUUAUUUCCCAGCGUUCCUUUCUCUCUUCUUCCUCUUACCUUCAGGCCGCGAUGUCUAAGAGAGGACGUGGUGGUUCCUCUGGAGCCAAGUUCCGCAUCUCACUGGGUCUCCCCGUGGGAGCCGUCAUCAACUGUGCCGACAACACAGGUGCUAAGAACCUGUACAUCAUCUCCGUCAAAGGCAUCAAGGGCCGUCUGAACAGGCUUCCUGCUGCAGGUGUGGGUGACAUGGUCAUGGCCACAGUUAAGAAAGGCAAGCCAGAGCUCAGGAAGAAGGUGCAUCCGGCGGUGGUGAUACGACAGCGGAAGUCGUACCGGCGAAAAGACGGCGUGUUCCUGUAUUUCGAAGACAAUGCGGGGGUCAUAGUGAACAACAAAGGGGAAAUGAAAGGUUCAGCCAUCACAGGACCUGUAGCCAAGGAGUGUGCAGAUCUGUGGCCCAGGAUUGCUUCGAACGCCGGGAGCAUCGCCUGAGCGCUUGCUUUAUUUUCAAUAAAAUAUUGAAAGUC